AGCAUUAUUUCCUGUCUUGCUGCUAGUAGCCGGACCAUCUGGAUAGCUGCACAGUCGAAUGUCGCUGUGAAGAAUGUCGCCGAGAAGUUUGACAAAAUAAAAUUCUAUGAUUUUAAGCUGUUGGUGUCGUUGGAGUUCCACUUCGACUGGCACGAGCACCUGUAUGAGAGGCUUCCAUCGUGCGUCAUUCGCUCCGACUCGUUCGCUAAGGGCGUAGUCGGCGCAUCUAGGCAGCUGUGCGGCGCCAGGAUCAUUUUGUGCACACUGAGCAUGUUGUCGAAUGACAAUAUCGCACCCUAUGUCCAAGUGAAUCCAGUAGACAUGCUAAUUUUUGAUGAGGGCAGUCAGAUAGAACUCGGAAAUUACGUUCCCGUUCUCUAUCGUUUCGGACGCACCCUAACGAAGAUCGUCUUCAUUGGAGACGAUAAGCAGUACCGCAUGCCGAGCGCCAUCGGCGACUUCAUAUCACAAGCAGUCUACAAUGGGAAGCUGAAAACCUGUCACGGGAACUCCGUCAGUCUACCGUGCCGCUUUGUCGAUGUUGAAAGAGGGCGGGAAACAAAAUCAGGAAAGAGUUGGAUCAAUUCUUCAGAGGCACGAGUUGUAGUGCAGCUUGCCGGUGUAUAUCAGGCUAAAGGGCUUGACUUUCGUAUCAUCACACCAUACGACGCCCAACGCGCUCUCAUUGAACACGAGCUGAAAACGGCGAAAUUACGUCAUGAAGAUAAAGUAUUCAACGUAGAUUCAUUUCAAGGCAACGAGGCAGAACACAUCAUCGUCUCUGUGGUCAAAUCGGACAAACUUGGCUUCUUGACUAACCAGCGACGAACCAACGUUAUGCUUACCCGCUGCAAAAAGACCAUGGUUAUAUGCACGAGUAAAGCAUUUGUUUGCGGCCCAGCAGCAGCAACUCUUAUCGGAAAGCUUGCAACCGCUCUUGGACCACAGGCGUGGGUACAUGGGGACGUUCAACUCAUCGUGCCGGCCCGGGAUGUAGCACUGCAUCGCCCCAACACUCGAUUAACUGGCCACAGCCUCCUCACCUCCACAAACGUAGCAGAUGAACGAACCCAAGGCGGUCAUGUGCCUGUUAGCAGCUCCUCGAUAUCACCUCACAAUCACUCAUCAUCAUCGCGGUCACGCCGACAGAACACCUCUAAAGUCAAUCCUACACCCCUGAUCGUUGCAGGUAAACGAACCCAAGGCGGUCAUGCACCCACUAGUAGUUCUUCGACAUUACCUCACAAUCACUCAUCACCAUCGCGAUCGCGCCGGCGGGGCAGCUCUAAAGCCCACCCUACACCGAAGAAGAACCGUGUGUUAAAAACGCGCGGCGGGAAAUAG